AUGUGGGAUUGCCAUAUCGUCGUCAGCACCGGGGCUAUAGCCCUCCCCAUUCUGGUCAACAACCGUGGUGGUCAGCUGAUCAAGGUAGUUGCGGACAAUCUCUUCGUGCAGUUCGACGAUCCAGUACAGGGUGAGUCAUGGCGUGAGGAUGACAGAGAGCGUGCCUGCGGUGCAGGUCUGACUUGUGUGACGGGAUUGGGUGCGAUGGAGCUUACAUUUUCGUAUCAUACCAGCUAG